AUGCCACUGAAUUACUUCGGCAAUUGCUUGGGUGGCGGAAUAGCGAAAAUCAAGCACAAAACACUUGUCGGGGAAGAAGGGUUUGUAAUUGCUGCGGAGGCUAUAGCUUUGGAUAUUAAAAACAGGGUGAAUAACAAAGACGAGGUUUUGAAAGGUGUCGAGAAUUGGAUGUCCGAUAGUGAGAAAUUUGUAGGGAUGAGGACAGUUGGGGUUUCCGGUUCGCCGAAGUUCGACUUGUGCGAUGCGGAAUUCGGAUUGGGAAGGGCGAGAAAGCUUGAAGUCGUGUCGAUUGAUGGAGAGAAGAUGAACAUCAAACAAGACAAGACGAGAAGGAAGUUGAGUCUAGUAUUGCACACGGAAGUUGAAGAUGAGAAUUAG